AUGGACAGCCCCCUUGUUUCUGAUUACACAGUUGAUAAUAAAACGUUACCCAAUCCUUCUCGGAGAACCACCGUGGCUGGAGCUUGUCCAGCCACGGCCCUGGCCAAAGCUUCCCCCUGCCCGCCCCCUAGUAUGCCCAAGCCCCCACGCUCAGGCUCUAUACCCUCCCUCAGAGGCAGUUGGUACAGAGCGAGAGAACCCCCUCCCAACCCCUUUGGGGAGUUUGAGAAUGAGGAGGCUGAUGAUGAUUACACUGGGGAAGAGAACACAAUGAGUGGUGCUGAAGGCCAAGCACAGCCAGACAUGUCUUACUUGGCUGAGGCUGCUAGUUCCCUUGAUGUAUCUAAUCUAGCUGAAGUAGCCAGAUCACACGGUGUAUCUGGUCUAGCUGGAGCUAGUGGGUUAGGAGGUUUAGUUGGAGCAGUUAGUGCACCUAACAUAUCUAAUUUAACUGAAGAAGCUAGUUCAUAUGGUGUUUCUGAAGCUUCUGUCGGUUCAUUUAGUGUGUCUAAUUUAGCUGGAGCUGAUAGCAUAUGCAGAGUAACUGGAGCACCAAGUGCUCUUGGCAAAUCAGAUGUAGCCCAGAGCCUCUCUUUGCCCAAAAGUGUGUCUGUGCCAGAAAUCUCCACUAGUUCAGCCUGUACUCGAAGCCACCCCCCACCAACCUUGUCAACCAAUGGAGCAGCAGCCAGUCCCUCCCUGCUCAGACCCCCAUCGCUCCCUAGUGUGGUUGAAGUGAGGGACUCUGGCCAGGUGCCCACCCCCUCUCACAGUAAGCAGGUAUGUAAAGGAGAUCGUAAAGUCUCCCCCUCUGAGUUCCCCAAAUCCAAGCCUGCCCCUGGACAUGGCUUCCCCCUCAUCAAGAGGAAGGUGCAGACAGACAACUAUGCCCCAGUGGAGGAGCUUCAGGGGGAGCUGGGGGAGCUGGAGAAACGAAUGGACAGGCUGGAGCUGAGAGGGGUGGAGAUGGAGAGAAGCUUGAGAGACUGCCAGAAUGACCAGGAAGAGGAGGACAUGUUGGUGGACUGGUUCACUCUAAUACAUGAGAAACACAUGCUUGUGCGCAGAGACGCAGAGCUGGUAUACAUGGCCAAGCAACAGAAUUUAGAGGAGAGACAGGCAGACGUGGAAUAUGAACUGAGAUGUCUCCUCAACAAACCAGAGUGUGAGUGGAGUAAGGAUGACCGUUAUAGGGACCAGCAGUUGAUGGAGGAGCUUGUCACCAUCAUUGAACAGAGGAACCACAUCAUCAACAGCUUGGAUCAAGACAGGCAAAGGGAAGAAGAAGAAGAUGCUCUGUUUUCCAUGAUCAAGAAGAAAGAUUUAAAAAAAAGAGUCUGGGAAAGACCUGAAGAUGUUAAGAGCAAAGUUCAAGCCCAUGAAGAUGCUGAAGAUCCUGAGUCAUAAAGACUAAGAGCAAAGGCUCUCUAAAGAAGAAGAACUGAGUUGGACUCGGGCUCACCCUGUAAGGAAAGAACAAAUAGGUCUAUAUUUGUUAACAAAUACACAUUGAGCCACAAUGUAAUGUCUCAUAAUUGUACAAAUAAAUGAAUGAAGAUUUACGGGUAAGAGAUGAAGACUCUUGGACUGUGGAUGAGAGUGGUUAAGAAUUAAGAGAAGCCUCUGAUGCAAAGUAUAUGGAUUUUCUUCCCAAGUGAAAAAAACGAUCCCCAUUAUACCUCCCCAUUACACUGCACUUUUUUCACAAGAUGUGAUUGCUCCUGCAUUCCGUAAAGCCGUAGUCAGCCUAUGAUGAGUUGCAGCAUAGAAUCAUUCACUAAUGGGAUUUAUUUUUGCAGUUCAACUUUGUUAAAUUAUAAAACAUUGUACUUUGUAUGAACAGAAUGCAUUUGUAUGAUCAUAAUCUUUUGAUAAUGUUUUAAAUGUCAUUUUAAUGUGUGUGUUUUUUUAAAUGUACCUCCUACACCUGCCUAAUGUAUAUUUCUAGGAAAAAGUAUUUGCUACUCCAGAUUGUGGCAUUGCCUGUACUGUCUGAUUUAUUGGGCAAGAUCUUUGUGAGAUUGAGAUUCACACUGUAUUCAGAUCUUUGUUAUUUAUGUCUCCCAAUGUGGGAAUUAACCACUUCUUGAUGAUAGGUAUUUUAUCAUGCUCAAAACGACAUUAUACUUUCUAAAAACAAAUACACGUUUAGUUAGUAUAAUACAUUUGGAAAAAUAAACCUAAAUAUAUAUUUUA